AUGCAUGUGUCGGACAAUGCGCUCAUCUGCAGUAGGCCUCACUUCCCGCACACAUCCGUAUUCAUGGCAUCAUUGGCUCAAUGGACUGAUCCGAUAGAGUUAGUGGUGGGCAAUGAGAGCUGUGAUCUGGACUCAGCUGUCAGUGCCGUCGGUCUGGCCUUCAUUAAACACAUGUCGUGUAAAAAAGUGGAGUCCAAUAAGCGACUAAUAAUCCCAGUGUUGAACACAACUCGCAGUGAACUCCAACUGAAGACGGAAGUGAUCUUUUGGUUUGAAAACUCCGUGCAUUUGAGUCGCGAUGACCUCAUCUGUAGGGAUGAAAUCGAUUGGCAGACACUUAAGACAAAGAAAGUGUUGAUCACAUUAGUCGACCACAACGUGAACGAAGAGAUGGCAAGAAUUGGCGAAAUUAUCGAAAUCAUUGAUCACCACAAAUAUGACGCAAACCAUUGUCUCGUAACGGAUCCGUCGAAAGUGUUGGUCGACGUGUCGGUCGGGUCCUGUUCCACACUAAUCGCCGAACGCUUUCUUAAAAGUGAUUUGAAAGGAGACACACAAUUGGCUCUUAUGUUCUUCGGAACCAUUAUAUUGGAUACGAUUAACUUCUCAGAAAGCGCUCAAAAGUACAGCGAAAAAGAUAAAAGUGUUGUCAAAGACUUGGAGGCAAUCAUUGAGGACAAGACCAUCUCUCGGUCGGAGUGGUUUCAACAGCUGAUCGACGCCAAGAAUUCCACUAAUAAUAUGUCAUUCGAGCAGUUGUUACUUAAGGACAAGAAAUUAGUUCCCAACACAAGAAUUAUCAUAUCAUCCAUAUCCGGCAAAUUGGUCUCUGAUCUGGACGCAGAAAGUAAUCGUAAACUUAUGCGAGAGUUGACCGCAAAUGCGAGCAAUCGAUUCGAUGCCAUCAUUAUAUUGGGAAUUGAUAACAGAAUCGCAGAUAAUUUAAGCCGCGAUUUAGCCAUCUUUACCACAAAUACGACACUCAUGGAGAAGAUUAUAUCAAAACUUGAGUCCGAAAACAAUGGCCUUGAAUUGAGUUUAACCAAAGAGUUUAAUGAUUUACGAAUUUAUAACCAGAAGAAUGUGAAGGCCUCUCGAAAACAAAUUUUACCUUUGAUUUCAUCCCUCAGCGAUACCAAUGGCACAGAUAAUGAUAGCACGAAAUCUCCGAAUAAUCGGAAAAAACUGCUAAAAGCGCUCUCGACUGCAGACGUCGACCCAGACUUU